ACACAGUUUAUCUACCAAUAUCCCCCCCCAAACAUAUUGUACAGAGUACUCUGUACUACGCUUGCAAUAUGAUGGAGGCGACCGAGAUCCAAACUCUGGCGCACCAAAUUACGGCGGCUCAGGAAGAUGAUAUUGAGCCUGCAAUUCCCAUAUUGAAAGAGCUUGCAUUUACUCCCUACGCAUGCUCUUCUGUCGAGCAAGUCUCUGGCGGGGUUGUCAACUUUACUUUCAGGGGCUUCCUCUCCAACCCUCUUCCCAAUGGCAGUAGCAGCGUCAUUAUCAAACAUUCCAAAGACUUCUCGGGGUUUAUUCCUGGGGUGCAGAUCCAAGCUGCCCGAUGCCAAGGCGAACAACGAAUUCUUCAAGCUCUCGCAAAUGGUCUGAGCCCAAUUGUCCAUCAGAAUGGUAUACUGGUUCAGACACCUUGCCAAUACCACUUUAUUCCGCACCUCAAUGCUCAAGUGAUGGAAGAAUUCCCGGACGUCACUACGUUAGGUAGAUUCCUCCUUUCUUCGGAGUCAAGCAAACUCUCAGGAUCGCUUGCCACAGGCAUCGGCCGUGCCUUGGGGCGUUGGUUGACGUCCUUUCACGACCGUAGCUCAGUCCCAGAAGUGGUACAGGAGGUUGGCUGCAACGAAAAAGGCCGGGAUGCGAUGUAUACCCUUUUGGCUGGCGGCGUGGCCAAAGCAAUGGAUAACUUCCCCAGCCUCUUUGAUGGACGUGCGGACGAUUUCCAGAAGUAUGUACAAGAGGCAAUUUAUGGUGAAAUUGAUGAGGCUAGCAAGACAAUCGUCCAUGGGGACUUUGCUGUCCGAAAUAUUUUGAUCUCAAACUCGGCCGCUACUACUCAGCAAAAUAUCCUUGUUUCCCCUAUCGACUGGGAAGCGUACCACCUUGGCCGCAUCGAAUUUGACCUGGGACAGUUUCUGGGAGACCUCUACACACAUGAGUAUUUCAAGGGUGUUGGUAGUUGUACAGCUCUGCUUCAAGGCUUUUUAGAUGGCUAUAAACCAUUGAGCAAAAAGCAACUGUCCUCCGUGGCAGUCUAUACUGGAAUUCAGAUUUUGGUUUGGGCACCUGUUGUUGCAGCACCGAUGACCAGGGAGCAGGAGGAGCAGCUUGUGAGUUACGGAAGGGACCUUAUCUUCAAGGGUAAAGAGGAAGAUUGGGGAUGGCUCGAGACUAGCUAUAUCGGGCCUAUCUUCAGAAAAGAAACCGUGUAGUUAGACCUCUUUAAUAGAAAAUUCAUACUUAGUACGUUGAAUAACGAACAUCGUCGG